CGGCGGCGGCGGCGGCGGCGGCGGCGGCGGCGGCGUCUGCGGCGGCGGCAGCAGCAGCAGUAGGCUUGGCGGUAGCGGUUGAGCUUGCGGCGGGCGGACGGGGGUCCAGUCGGUACGUUCGCACGAGUUGGAAUAGACGUCUCUCAAAAUGGCAGAUGACCUGGACUUCGAGACGGGGGAUGCAGGGGCAUCAGCUACCUUUCCCAUGCAGUGCUCUGCCUUGCGCAAGAAUGGCUUUGUGGUGCUCAAAGGCCGGCCCUGUAAGAUAGUUGAGAUGUCCACCUCCAAGACUGGAAAGCAUGGCCAUGCCAAGGUUCAUCUGGUUGGUAUCGAUAUCUUUACUGGGAAGAAAUAUGAAGAUAUCUGCCCUUCAACCCACAACAUGGAUGUGCCCAAUAUCAAGAGAAAUGAUUUCCAGCUGAUUGGGAUUCAGGAUGGCUACCUGUCACUGCUCCAGGACAGUGGGGAGGUGAGGGAGGACCUUCGCUUACCUGAGGGUGACCUUGGCAAGGAGAUUGAGCAGAAGUAUGAUUGUGGAGAAGAGAUCCUGAUAACGGUGCUGUCAGCCAUGACAGAGGAAGCAGCUGUUGCAAUCAAGGCCAUGGCAAAGUAACUGGCCCUCAGGGUGGUGGUGGCUGCAGGAGCAGCAGCGAUCGGCACCUGAAGAGGCCUUCCCUCUCCUCCCCAGCCUGGUCAGGCUUUGGCCCCACCCUGGCUGGACGUCUACUCUUAUUUCUUUGAUGUUUUAUUUUGGUUUUUUUUUCUCUCAAUCCGGGGAGCUCCCCCCACCCCCACCCCUUUAGUCCAGCCCUAUCUCUCCCAACCCCUUGGACGAGAUGGGGGCAGGGCCUUGGUAAAACUGCCCCCUUCUCUCCCCCACCUCACACUACAGCCCUGGUGGGGGAGAGGGGACGGGGGCUCCUUGAGAUUUAGUUUUUUUUUCUUUUUUAUUAUUCAAUCUGGAAGCAGAAAGCUGUGGAUUCUGGCAAAAAUCCUCUGCCCUUUCUCCCUACCUAUCCUGUCUG